AUGGGGGUCAACAAAUAUUACCGCGGCCUAGCGGAAAAGCGCCUCUACAGAAACCUGACCUUCCAUACGGACUGCUAUUAUCGCAUCAACAGACUUUUUCUCACCAUUGUCGAUCGGCCAGACCUAGCGAAACUCAUUCGAAGCUUCAUGCUGACACACAAACCCAGCUCACAUCCGAUCAGCCCCGUCACCGAUGCUGAUCGCUGGGCCUUUUGGAAUCAAGUCACUGCCGUGAAAGCUCUGCUCGAAAAGAUUGUCAAGGGUCGCGAUCCAGACAUAUUACUACGUUGGCUUAGUCGUAUCUACGCUGGUAAAUGCUUCUUCGACGGUGCGCUAGCUGCUGUCCUAUGUCUUGCGACAAAUCUCAAGGACCUGCAUUUCGAGGUUCCCAGACAUGACCAUCUUCCAAUUACGAAGGAGCUAUUAGGCUACAGUUGGUACCGUCCAAAAGGUAGCUCCGAGGACUUUCCCUUCUGCAACCUAAAGAUUCUUUGCACGAAUGACGAUGGCGCGCAGACAUUACCUGUGCUACCUAAGCUCGAGUAUUUGGUCACGUGCGGCGCUCCACAUUGGUUUGAUGAGAGCAAUACACAACCUGUCAGCUUUCCUUAUCCGAAUAAGUUGGUGGGUACGAACUUGCGAGGUCUAGUGAUCAAGGGCCUUGAUAUAGACCCAGCUGUUCUCGAGGCCAUUCUCUCUUCUCCAACACUAUUCGGAGUCAAGGAGCUCAUGCUCACUGAACUUCGUACUCGGACCGGGGGACCUUGGGGCGGGUAUGAUCUACAGAACAUCAACAAAGCGAUCGAGAUCAAUCUACCCGACCUGGAAAAUCUAGAUUGGUCUCACCAAAAGCUCAACACUCUUGCUCGUUCGUGUUUCGGAAGUUUCAAGGACUCGUCCAAGCUCCGGGCACUGGAGGUCGACGCCCAGUUCUUGUCUACAGAUAACCACCCGUCGUUGCAUCUUACCCAUCCACAAGAGUAUCUACCGGACAGUCUAGUGGCCUUGCACAUUGCCUCUUUGAAAGAAGAUGACGAAAAGAUCGACUUGGCCUUGGAGGCAGCGCGUACUAUUGGCCUCAAAGUCAUUGACCUGUCGCUCAAUCUGGAGCGAUGGGAGAGUGAACAUGUGUUCGACGAUACUGCCGUCUACGAGCUGCCCAAGGCGAGGAGGAAGUAUUUUCGCAAAAAGGUUGCUGAGAUGGCUACUCUGGGCAUCGAGAUGCAUGUCUGGCGACAGAAGGGCAGGUACCCCAAGGAACUGCUAUUUGGUACUAGAUUCCAGAGGAAAUGGCCUAUAUGGGAAGACGUUGAUCCGGCAUUCUGGAUGGAGGUUGUGCGUGUUGGAUGGAUGGUCAAAAAAGGUCAGCGGGAUGCUUCAGAGUUGGACGAUGAACAGUACACAGGUGAACUGAAAGACUACCUAGAUGAGGAUAGUGAAGAGGAGCUCGAUAAUUAG